AUGAUUUUUAAAAAUUCAGAAGAUUUUGAAGAUAUAAUAAUGAAUGAAACUGAAAAUGGUAGUGGAUUGAAAGAAUAUUCUUGGCCUAAUGGAAAGAAGAAAAAGUACCCAGCAUGUUCAUAUGUACAACGAAGGUUAGAAACGGGCCUUAAUUGGAUAACGGCUGCACUUUUUAUUAUUGCCGAUAUGGCAGGGGGAGGUGUUGUUGCUAUACCUAUAGCUUUACUUAAUUCUGGUCUUUUAAUUGGUUCACUUUCUAUUUUAUUUAUUGGAACAGCUUUUUGUUAUACUGCACAUCUUCUUGGGGAGAAUUGGAUGACAAUGUGUAGACGUUGGCCAGAAGUUUAUGGACGUGAACAUUGUAGAAAACCUUAUCCUGAAAUGGCAUUUCGUGCAUUAGGUGAAAGAGCUCGUUUUUUAACUUCUUGUACUUUAAAUGUUAUGCUUUUUGGAGUUUCCGUUGUUUAUCUUUUGUUGGCAGCAAAAAUAACGAGUGAAUUAUGGGCAUCAUUUAGUCCAUCACACAGUUUUGGUCCCUGUGUUAUGACUUUAUUUUUGGCUGGGGCUUUAUUGCCUGUAACGUUUUUAAAAUCUCCACAAGAUUUUUGGUGGGCAGUUGUAUCAGCAAUGUUAACAACUUGCUUAGCUGUUUUUAUAAUUUUACUGGGAACAUUAUUAGAUUUACCAAAAUGUUCUUCUUUUGCUAAACAACCAAAUUUUACUUUUAAUAAUUAUUUCCUUUCUAUUGGAAUUUUUUUCUUUGCUUUUGGGGGACAUGGAGUUUUCCCAACAAUUCAACAUGAUAUGAGAAGACCCAGAAAUUUUACCCGUUCUUCUUUAUUUGCAUUUAUUGCUGUUGCUGCAAUGUAUAUUCCACUUUCAUAUUUUGGUUAUUUUGUUUAUGGAGAUUCAUUACAAGAAUCAAUUAUUUCUUCCAUACAAACAUCUAUUCUUCAACAAUUAGCCAAUUUAUUAAUUGCACUUCAUUGUAUCCUUACAAUAACAAUUGUAAUUAAUCCAUUAAAUCAAGAAGUUGAGCAUUUUAUUGAUAUUCCACACCAUUUUUGUUGGCAAAGAGUAAUUAUUCGAACUUUUGUAAUGCUUGCAGUCGUGUUUAUUGCACUAACAGUCCCUAGUUUUGGGCCUAUUUUAAAUUUAAUGGGUGGAACUUGUGUUUCUUUAAUAUCUGCUGUAAUGCCUUGCCUUUUCUAUCUUUAUUUACACGCAUCAGAAGAUAAGCCUAACCCAAAAUCAAAAUUAGAAAAAGAUUUACCAAUUAAUGAUCGGCCAGUAACUUUUGUGAAUGUAAUUAAAAGAACACCAAAAUAUACACUUUUAAUAAAUAUUUCUGUUAUUGUAAUUUCUAUUUUGUGUGGAAUUGCUGCAACAAAUUCUGCAUUUUUAGAAUUAUCAACUAGUCGAUUUAGUGGUCCUUGUUAUUUAUCCCUUUCUUCAGAAAAUAAUAAAAUAAUUAAUUCUGUCCAAUCUUUACAUUGUUGUGGAACUUUUAGAAAUAUUUCUAGAUGGCCAGAUAUAUUUCAAUGUCCAAGUUAUGAACCUCCAAAUUAA